AACAAAGAAAGAAAGAAAAAAAAAAACUAUAUAGACUUUUUCUUUUCACUUUAUUAUUACAAUAUAUUCCUUCAUUCUUUCUCUUACUUCCUUGUAAUAUAUCAUGUCUCGCUUUUUGAAUGGUGAACAAGCAAGUGCAUUGGCUGCUCAAGCUUUUAGUGAACAAGUCUAUACUUCACAAAAACAAUUCAACAACACGAAUGUAUGGGGUCAAACUAUCAAAGUCAAGGUACAGGUUGGUUCUGAUCCUACUUCUUAUUUAGCUCAAGCUGCUUCUGAACGUAUUUUGGCUUCAGCUUUGGUUUCUUCUUCUAAUCUUAUCGGUGCCAUUCCUCAUCUUUACAAGUUAUCUCAUGUUGGUGGUGCUGGUACUGUCAUUCAUGUCUCUGCUGAAAAAGAUACCAAGUCUUCUUCCUUUGCUGAUUUCUCCAAUGUCAUGGCUGUACGUCAAAGUGGUCUGGCUUUGUUGACUUCCUCUACUGUUCAAGAAGCUUAUGAUUUGGCUCUCAUUGCUCACGUUGCUUCAGUUCGUUCCAAAACUGCCUUUUUACAUUUCUUUGAUAGCAAACGUGUGGCUCAUGAAUACACUAAUGUGGAUACUGUGUCUGUGGAAACUUUGAACAAAUUCUUUAGUUUGGAACAAGUGGAAGAAUUCAAAUCAUCCGUCAUCGAUCAAAAUCAACAAUCUACUGCUUAUUUGAAAUAUCAACAACAACAACAACAAGAAGAAAAGGUGGAUGUAGCUACUAUUGUACAACAAACCAUGGAUGAAUUCGGUACAUUGACAGGACGUAGAUAUACCAAUGCAGGUUAUGUGGGUCAUGCUGAAGCAGAACAAGUGAUUGUGGCUAUGGGUGCUGGUGCUUCUGUGGUGGAACAUGUGGUCAAGUCUUUGAAACAAAAAGUUGGUCUUCUCAAAAUUCAUCUUUAUCGUCCUUUGGAUGAUUUAGUGGAUUUGGUACCCAAAUCUGUGAAACGCUUGAUUGUAUUAGAACCUUCUCAAGAUCUGACUAGUACUUGGAAUCCUCUCUUUUUAGAUAUUGCUGCUGGUUUUAUUCAACAUGAUCAUAUCGAUUUCUCAAGUGGUCAAUAUGGGGUUACUGCCAAUGAUGUAUCUCCUUCUUCUAUUCAUGGUGUUUUUGCUGCUGCUGAAAAAAGUUUACCUCGUCGUUUUGUCGUGGACAAUAAGGAUGUGAUUACUCCUGUGGCUACAUCGGGUGUGGUGGCUGCAAAUGUACAUCAAUUGGUGGUAGUGGGAAAUGAACAAUUAGCUCAUUCGUUUGCUCAAGAAUUCGUUUCUCAACAAGUCUAUACUCUUGGUUCUGUGUCUCAUGUUCGUGUUUCUUCUGUCAAGCAAACUGGUUUGAUCCCUUCUUUGAUUGAUGAUGCUCAAGUGGUGGUACUUCUUGGUGGUGAUGAUAGUGAUGCUAUUCAAGCCGUCGGUCGUCUUCAUCAAAAUGGUAUAGUUGUGGUUUCUUCUGUGGAUGGAUUGAGAAAUGGUGUCAAGCGUGCUAUUGCUGAUAAACAAGCAUCUGUAGCUAUUUAUCAACAAGAUGUUUCAUUAUUGGAUCAAAAGCAUAUUGUUAAGGUUCCUUUACCUGAAUGGUCUACUCUUCCCCAAGAUGCUGUUAUAUCUACUACUACUACUACUUCUGUACCUACUCCUGUUGUUGAUGUAUCUGCAGUGGAAACUCCUUAUAUCAAGAUGUUAGGUCAAGCCUUUGGUGAUCGUUUGGAUAUCGUCAAUGCCGUGAAUACCUCUUCUGUCUGGGGUCCUAAUGUGAAUCAACCUGAAGCAUCCACUCCUGAAUAUGGUUAUGGUAAAGUGCUCUACAAUGUUCAACAACGUGCGCGCUUUAUUGAAUCAGUGGAAAAAUUAGUCAAGAGUGCUUCAUUAUCUGUGGAUCAUCAAAAGGCUUUGUCUCAAUGGUUAUUGGUAGUCAAGUCUCCUUCUUCCAAAGUAUCUCAAAUCAAUACGGCUGCUGAUGCUGUAAUAACUGCUUUUGGUGACGAUGGUCUUUCUGGUCUUGUUUCUGUUGGUGAUGUCAAGGAUCAUUUGUAUGUCAAAUCCAACUGGUUGAUUGGUUCUGAUACUUGGGCUUAUGAUCUUGGUCAAUCUGGUGUACAUCAUGUCAUUGCUGGUGGAGAAAAUGUCAAUAUGUUGAUUGUGGAUACACAAAACUACUCAUCUACUGUUGAACGUGAUCAACGCAAGAAGGAUAUUGGAUUGUAUGCAAUGAAUUUUGGUAACGUCUAUGUGGCAUCUGUGGCUGUUUAUUCUUCUUAUACUGGUGUAUUACAUGCUCUUAUGGAAGCUGAUGCUUAUCAAGGUCCUUCUAUUGUGUUGGCUUAUCUUCCUACUGUUGAUAAUCAAGUGGAUCCUAUUGCAUCUCUCAAGGAAACUAAGAUUUGUGUGGAUAAUGGAUCAUGGCCUUUGUAUCGAUGGAACCCUGCUUUGGAUGCUCAAGGAAAGGAACCUUUCAGUUUGGAUUCUCAACGCAUCAAGAAGGAUUUGGAAAAAUUCUUGGAAAGAGAAAAUCAUUUCUCCCAAAUUGUGGCUCAACAUCCUGAUUUGAACAAAAUCCUUGUCAGUUCUUUGGAAUCUGAUGUCAAACAACGUCAUGAUGAAUUGAAACGCAAAGCUCGUGAUGAUUAUGCCAAACUUCUUUCUGGACUAGGUGGUGCCAAUGGACCUCCUUUGACUGUAUUAUUUGGAUCUGAUAAUGGUAAUGCUGAAGGUGUGGCCAAGAAAAUCGCUACUCGUGCCAAAUCUCGGGGUCUCAAGGUCAAGUUGAUGGCUAUGGAUGAUUAUGCUGAUAUUCAAGAACUUGGUGGUGAAACCAACUUGGUGAUUGUAUGUUCUACUGCUGGUCAAGGUGAAUUACCCUCCAAUGGUCGUGAAUUCUGGAAGGCUUUGAAUGGUUUGAAUGCUGGUGAAAUCCAUUUGGCUGAUUUGUCCUAUACUAUCUUUGGUAUGGGUGAUAGUCAUUACUGGCCUCGUGAAGAAGAUGCUAUGUUUUACAAUCGACCUGGUAAACUCUUGGAUGCCAAAUUGGAACUUCUUGGUGCAAACCGUUUGGUGGAACUUGGAUUGGGUGAUGAUCAAGAUGCUGAUGGUUUUGAAACUGGAUUAAGUGUAUGGGAACCUUUGAUGUGGAAGGCUUUAGGUGUGAAGGAUGUCGGUGCUGAUGAUGAUGAACCCAAGUUGACGGACGACCAAAUGAAGAUCAAUUCCAAUUAUUUGCGUGGUACUAUUGCUGAAGAUUUGCGUGAUGAAUCUACUGGUGCUAUCUCUGAAAUCAAUGGCAAACUUCUCAAAUUCCAUGGUUCUUAUGGUCAAGAUGAUCGUGAUAUUCGUGAAGAACGCAAGAAACAAGGAUUGGAAAAAGCAUAUAGUUUUAUGAUUCGUGUUCGUAUGCCUGGUGGUGUAUCUACUCCUGAGCAAUGGUUAGUUAUGGACAAACUUGCUGAUGAUUAUGCCAAUGGUGCAAUCAAGCUUACUACCCGUCAAGCUUUCCAAUUACAUGGUAUCCUCAAAAAGAACUUACGGUCUACUAUUCGCGGUAUCAAUCAUUCUUUACUCAGUACUUUGGCUGCUUGUGGUGAUGUCAACCGAAACAUCAUGGUGACUCCUGUGACUGAAAUCCCUGAAGUUCAUGAACAAGUUCAACAAUUCAGUAAUGAAAUGAUGCUUCAUUUGGCUCCCAAGACAAGUGCUUAUCACGAAAUUUGGUUAGCGGAUGAAUUGGUGGCUGGACAUGCUGUACAAGAUUAUGAACCUAUCUAUGGUCCUACUUACUUACCUCGGAAAUUCAAGAUUGUGGUGGCGGUUCCUCCCAAUAAUGAUGUGGAUAUUUAUGCUCAUGAUCUUGGAUUCAUCGCCAUUGUGGAAGGCAAGAAGGUGGUUGGUUAUAAUGUGACAGUAGGUGGUGGUAUGGGUAUGACACAUGGCAACAAAAAGACUUAUCCUCGUCCUGCUACUAUGUUUGGUUAUAUUCCUGCUGAAGCUGCAAUCAAGGUAUCUGAAGCUGUGAUGACGACUCAACGUGAUUAUGGUGAUCGUACCAACCGCAAACAUGCCCGUCUCAAGUAUACAAUCGAUGAUCAUGGUGUGGAAUUCUUCAAAUCCGAAGUGGAAAAGAGAAGUGGCUAUACAUUUGAACCUGCUCGUGCAUUUGAAUUCAAGGACAAUGCGGAUCGCUAUGGCUGGACCAAGGGUGUGGGUGAUAAGUGGCACUUUUGUAUGUUUGUUGAAAAUGGCAAGAUCAAGGAUUUCCCUGAUUUCCAAGUACGUACCGGUUUACGUGAAUUGGCCAAAUGGCAUAAAGGUGAAUUCCGUCUGUCUCCUAAUCAACACUUGGUGAUUGCAAAUGUACCUGAAGCUGAUUUGGAAAAAACAAAACAACACUUGAUCAAGUACAAGAUGGAUAAUCUCUCUUUCACUGGUUUACGAUUGAAUGCUAUGGCUUGUGUGGCAUUACCUACUUGUGGUUUGGCCAUGGCUGAAUCUGAACGUUAUCUCCCUACCUUGGUGGGUCACUUGGAACAUGCUAUUGAAGAAGCUGGAUUACAUGAUGAUGCUAUUACGAUUCGUAUGACAGGUUGUCCUAAUGGUUGUGCUCGUCCAUACUUGGCAGAAUUGGCCUUUGUCGGUAAGGCUCCUGGUACUUAUAAUGUUUAUCUUGGAGGUGGUCAUCAAGGUCAACGUUUGAAUAAACUCUUCAAGGAAAGUUUACGUGAAGAAGAAAUCUUGGCAACUGUUAAGCCUAUCAUCAAACAAUAUGCAUUGGAACGUCAACAAGAUGAACCUUUUGGUGAUUGGGUUAUUCGUGCUGGUUAUGUCAAGAAAACAAUCACUGGAAAAGAUUUCCAUGAUCUUUAGUUUUUUUUUUUUUUAUGUCAUUCUUAUUUUAU